GGUUGCACCUCAUCGCAAUGCAUCCCUUCGCUCUAUUCCUCGGGGCUUGCGUCGGAAAAAUAUCUAACAAAGUUGGCUGCUUUGCGAUGCCAUGGCCCUUGGCCAUUGAGAGGGCCACGGGGCUCAAAAGAAAAAGGCAGCAUCACGUCACAUCACCUCCGGAAGAGCGGACUGGAGAAACGCCCCCUCCUCUCGUCGCAGCUGCAAUCAAAACCCUGACAACUUUCUUGCACGCGUCUUAAGUCGCGACAACACUCUAAGCAACCAGACGAAUCCAGUAAUCGUGACAUCGUGAACGAGACGAGUGGCUAAGACAUGCGUACGAAUACAGUAUGCACUUACACGCCGUCUUAGCUCCGGCUAAACUCGCUCAAGGAGGGCGGGCAACUUGGUCUUUCUCCCGGCCGGCCAUACUGGGUAAUCUGAUAGAGGCAUGUCUCGGAUUGCCUAACUUGGUACCCCAGAGCCAUGGGGCCCCUGGUUGGCCGAGGCUGACCCAGACGACCACCAGGCCAACCCAGUCAACAGUCUAUCGUCUCGCCACUGACGCGGCCCAUGUCCUUUCCGAGCAAGGCUUUCAUAGGAUGCUCGCCAUGAUACUGGACCUAUUUACGCUUCGACCCUUUGCUGCUCAACCAACCCCGGUUUAUCGUCACAUAUCACAUACAUGCGAGUACGACAACAUCCGUGUCGUGAGGACGAGAACAAGUCAGCCUAACGGCAUCAACGGCGCUGGUCCUGGGCAGAGGGCAGCCGAUCACUAUCCGAACAUCGCCGAGAUACUUCAUCACUUGAACGUUGGGAGACUCUGCGACAGCCGAACUUGUUUAACUUGAGACGACAAUAGAGGAGCAAAUAAAGCGACGACGAUAAAGGCGGAGAAGGGCGCCGCCCGAGCGCGAGGCUUGGCCCGUUGUCGGAUCUGG